AUGGCUACAUUAAUCAAUUACAAUCUGUCAACUUUCAGAGACAAUCCCCAACCCAACAAGCGUCGGCUUCAGGAACUGCAGCAUUCAGAGGCCAGAGCUCAUGCCGCCCGCGUUUCCUACUGGAGAAAACGAAAGGGUGAAGUAUCCAAUGGAGCCGAGAAGAAGGUAGUGAGUAGGGCAGGCGAAGAGGACGAAAAUCUGAGGCCACUUUCGACAGCCUUACUUCUGACAAGGCCGCUGUCUGGUAAUGGCGGUUGGGCCUUGGCUCCUCAGAGAAACUGUGUGACAGACGAGCAGAGUGCAGCCUCGGGACCUGCUUUUCUCGAGGGUCUUAGAUCAGGAGUUCCGUUCAGCAUUCAGUCAACCUCGACGGGCACAAGCGCGCAUGAAAGCCCAAUCAGCAACAGCGAGAGAAGCGCUUCCAGCUCCUACGAUAGCUGGGAUACCGGUGGCAAGGAUGUCGAUUGUCGCGAUGAUUCCCCCCCGUAUGUGAGGCUUACUCGAGCACCAAGCUCUAGGCUUUUUGACCCACUGGAUUCCUUUCCCGUCCGGCAAGGCGACGAGGUUUCCGCGGCCAUGAAUCAUUACGUCACUCAUUGGGCUCCGUCACAGCGGCCUGGAUUGAAAGACCAGACAAGAGACAACCCUCUGAUCAGAGAGACGCUAUCAUCGGCGCUCCAGAACGUGGAGCUCUUUGAAGCCAUCGUUGCGCUAUGUUUGAGCUUCAAAGCAGCCGGUCAAGACUUCCACAUCCGCCUGUCAAAUGCUGCUUUACAUCACAAAGUUCAAACACUAGCUGCAAUUAGACGCAAAUUGGCCUCGGGGAUUGUGGACGAGGCCAUCAUCAUGGCGACCGUCUUUCUGAUGAUUAUUGAUGUGAGUCUUGCUACUGGAGUUAUCGCGGUUGUAAUUAAUAAGUACAGAAUGUCUUCUUGGAUGAACAAGCAUAUCAAGCACACCUCGAAGGUCUCCGCAAGAUGGUCGCGGCAGGGAUUUCAAGGCACGGGAGGGCGCCUGCGGCGUCUGUUCUGUCCUUUGUAUCUUGGUGAGUCAAGCCCACGCAUCUGCGGGCCGGUAUUUAACAGCAGUGAAAAGGGCUGA